AUGGCGCGUGACACGUGCCCGGAGGCAGGGCAGUUUUCGACCGAUGUUGCCGUUUACGAUGCCGAGCAAGCCGCUCGGCACGAGGCUUUGGCCUUGCGCCUGCAGGAGCAGCAAGAGCGCGAGCAGGCGGAGGUGGAGAUGUUGAAGGCCGCGGUCGGCAGCGUCUUCUCCGUGCGGAAGCCUCGCGAUGCCCUGGCGGGGACGGCCAGCGGCCUGAAGACCCUGGCGAGGGGCGUGGGCGUGGGCUUGGCGAGUUUGGUCGUCCAGCCCUACGUGGGGGCCAAGUGUGGAGGCAUCAAGGGCUUUGCCAAGGGCUGCGGUACUGGCUUGGCCACAUGCGUUGGGAGCACCGUGGCCGGAACUGUUGUGGGAAGUGGACAGAUCGUCCGCGGCGUCGUGAACACGCCGGGGGCCAUUCUGCGCACGGCUCGUGGAGAGGUGUGGAAUUCAGAUGCUCGCAAGUGGGAGAAGGAUUGGUACUCGUUGCCUGAGGAAGCUGCGGAAGUCCUGUGCGAAGACUGCGAGGAGGCGGGUGGCGAGAGCCGUGCCCGUUCAUCCGGCUCGACUUCCAGGAAGGUCCAGCACACAGAGCUGUACAACGUCUUAGGCGUGCGGCCUGAGGCAUCGGAGGCGGACAUACGCAGAGCCUUCUACAAAAAGUCGCUUGCCCUUCACCCGGACAAGAAUCCGGACAACCCAGAAGCCACGAAGCAGUUCCAGGAAGUCAGCGACGCUUACCGGAUCCUUGGCGACGAGGAAAGGAGGCGCGCCUACGACGAGCUUGGCAAGGACACUGCCGCGGCUAACCUCCCGAAGAUUGAGCCCGUUGUGUUCUUCGCAGCUCUUUUCGGGACUCACCACUUCGAACCGUUCGUUGGUCGUCUGCGCCUGGCGCAAGACAUCGAUAUGGAUUUGCAGCUGAUGAUGCGCGAUAUCAUUGCUGAAGACGAGGAGAGCGGACAGAUUGAUGCAUUGAAGGUCAGCCGAGCCCACAAGCGAAUGCUGGCCUUGGAGCGACGGAGGCAGGUGCAGUGCGCCGUGAACUUGGCCAGUCGCCUUGAUGCGAGUCACCAAGACGAGGGCUGGGAGGAAGCACAGCGGGCAGAAGCAACACGCCUCUCCCAGGUUCCUUCCGGCCUCGAAAUGCUGUACUUGAUUGGCUGGCUUUAUGUCAACGCUGCCGAGCAGUGGCUCGCCGGCAGCGCUACAGCACGCCUCGUGGCGAAGAUGCGGGCGAAGGCUCACCUGAUGAAAUCGAAGGGAGAGCUUGCAGCAUCUGCUGGACGCACUGCAUUCACCGUGAACAGCAUCAUGAAAACAGCAGAAAGGAAGAAAACGAAGCAGAGUGCCGUGCAGAGGGAAGGAACAGAGAAGAAGGAGGAGGAGGAGGAGGAGCAGGGGAAGGAGGCCAAAGCAGCGGCAGCGCCGGAAGCCGCAGCGACCACAAACGCUGCUGGACCAGGCGAAGCUCCAGAGGGGAACAGCUCCCCGAGCAAUGCUCCUGCGGAAGGUCGGGGGAAGCUCGGCGCAGAGGAUAUCCUCAGCCCUGGUACCAUCGUGGUGCUCUGCAACCUCAGGACAAACACAGAGUUGAACGACGAGGUUGGUGUCAUCGAAGAGUUUGACGAGUCUUCUGGGCGCUACGUUGUCCACUUCCUGUCGGACGGCUUGGAGCCUCGCAGACUCCGAGCCGAGAAUCUCUUGAUCUUGGAGGAUUCUGCGAGCCGCGGCAACGACAGCAAGGACUCCGCUGGAGGCUCGGCACCGGAAGACCCAAAGGCGACUCCCAGGGCCGAGGACACUUCAGAAGAUGCCCACUGGGCUCCAGGCGGAGACGAAGCUGAAGUCGCAGAAGCCUUCAAGGACACAAUGCCGCUCUUCCACGACACACUGUGGAAGGUCACGGCAAUAGACAUCGAGUUCACGCUUGCCAAGGUAAUGCGACGAGUACUGCGCGACAUGUCGGUAGACAAGCCGGCGCGCCAGCACAGGGCAGAGGCGCUUCGUCGCUUGGGUGAGAUCAUGCAGGAGCCCAUGAAGGAGAGGCGAGCCGACCAAAACGCCUCCAGGCUCCAGCUGGAUGAGGUGCCGUCUGUUGAGAGGCGAUUGAGUUCAAGGUCUUCGAUUCUUGCUCGAUUGCCUCGCGUGUCUUGGCGUUCUCGCAAACGCGAAAGCAAAGAGGCAAGGACCAAGCAGCAGGAAACCAAGCAGAAGCAGAUGGAGGCGGCUCUGGUGCUCAUGGCUGCCGGCGCUUCCACCGAUGACGUGGACGACAUGUUGGCGGCAAGGUCUGCAAUGGAAGCCGAGCUCGACCCGUUUCACAGCGUGUAA